AUGGCAGAUAGAGUGCAUCGUUAUGUGAUGGGACUAGAUCGUUAUCUGAUUGAUGGUUGUAUGGCAGUGGCUCUUCAGCCAGGUAUGGAUAUUGCUCGGGUACAGGCAUACGCACAAGGGGUAGAGGAUCGACACAGGGGACGUCAGCCAGAUAGAGACCAUGACAGAGGCCAGCAUAAGAGGGCUAGAUCAGCGGGUUAUUCUAGUGAGUUUCGAGGCGGGCAGCCUCAGCAGUAUGUUAGAUAUUCUUCCCAGCCAGCACGGAGUGCAUCCCUACGGUUUAGGUGUAGGGGAUUCGAUCGCACAGGGUAUUCAGGAGCCAGUGCUUGUUUUUCUUGUGGCCGUCAAGGCCAUAUGAUGAGAGAGUGUCCUUAUGGAGGUGGUGCAGGUGGUAUGGCUCAGCCUACUGGGUCGGUUGCUGGUUCAUCUUCUUCUGUAGCUGCGCCCUACGACGGGUAG